AGAGCGCGGAAAUUUGCGUCGAAAACUCGAGCUUGUUGCAAAUCCAUCUCUCGGCAAUCUUAGAGCGCAGACCAGGCCGGGGUGCAGGGAAGACGAGAGAUAUUUUCAUCAACUCGAGACGGGGUGGUGAUCGCGUUUGUGACGAUACACAGUGCGAGCAUUCCAACAUAAGGUGGAAAAGUGCAGAAUAACAGUUCGCUGCGGGGAUCGCUACAGCGUUACCAAUCAACACAAAUUCAAGGGAGAUCGUUCAGACUGCAAGUGCAAGUGCCAUUAUCGAAUCUUCGCUAGUGAACGGGUGAAGCUAUACGAACCAGGCAAGCAUGACAUCCGUGCAGAGCCAGGAAGAUCUAGAGGCCCGUAUCGCGCGCAUCAAGAAGCGCAAUGAGGAAAUCGAGAAGAAGUACCGGGAGGCGGAGGAGGACCGGCUGCGCGCGAUGAAGGAAAAUGCCAUGGUGGAGACCAAACCUCCGAAGGAUGACGAUUGGCCCCGGGAGCAUAAGUACGACAAGAUCGAUUUCAACUACGAGCUUGACGAAAGCACGCUGGCACAGCUAGAAGAGAGAAAGAAAGAAAAGAAUGCCUUCAUACAGAAGAUAGCGAAAGAGUAUAAGGGCUUUGCGGAGGGUGAAGGGCCACCACCGGAUCCGGCGUACAGUUUUCUGGCCGACGUAGAGCGCGACGGUGAGAAAGCGGCGUCAGGUGCGGCGGCUGGUGAUGGAGGAACCGCCCCAAACAACAAUGUAGCCCCGUCAGCCAAUGGGAAUGGUAGAAGUCCGCCGGUGAAAGGGGCCGAUCAUUUCGAUCGCCGCAAUCCCAACAAUCGUAGCGGACAUCGGCCACAAGGAGGACACAGGGAAGCGGCUGGCGCAACACCCGGCCAGGGUGGAAGAGGUAGAGGAGGGAAGCAACAUGGCCAUCAUGGUCAUCAUGGCGGUGGGACGAACAUUCAGCGUUCGUUUUCCACCAACGAGCACGACGGUUGGCGAUCAGCUACGGGGGAGCAACAGAGGCGUGGAGCCAGUGGCCGUGGAACGACACACGUGACACACGAAGGAGGUGGACACUGGAGGUCACGCGGUGAGCACCAUGAUGGCCAGGAGCAUCGCAGCAAGGAUGAUAGCGGUGUGCAUGCCUCGGCCAAGCUGGAACCGAAUCUGACCAUUUCGAUAUCGCGCGAUGGCGAGUUCAAGAGUGUGAAAGUAACAUCUCCCCCAAUCAUCGGCAGUGGACGAGUUGGGCCUCGUCAGCCGGCGAAGCCUCAAUUUCAGUUUCACAGCGGUCCGGGGGAUCACAACCAGCCAUCGCACGGUGGUGGUGGUGGUGGCCACCAGCAGCACCUACCGCUGACUGCCAGUGCGGGCCGCAAGGACGCACAUGCGGGUGAUCAUUUUAAUCGCAACGCUACCGGUCGGAAAUCGGAUCGGGUCGGUGGAGAAAGUGCCAAAAAAUCGGGACCCACGAAUGGCAAGGGUGGAAGUGGUGGGUCCCAGAAGAGUAGCAGCAGUGUGCAGGACCGAUUGAACCGCAACCGUACGGCGGCAAUCGCUACAAGUAACGAUAAGAACGAGAACAUCAUAGCUACCACUGCUACUACUACUACUACUACUACUGCUGCUACCAAACCCAGCUCGACACAGCCCGUGUCCGGUGCGGCAAAGGCAACACUCAAAACGAUUUCGAAAAUUAUUGAAAAAAAUGCAGAAAUUGAUGAGAAGCUUGCCCGCGAACUGGCACGGGAGAAUGAAAAGCUAGCAUCGAAGGUAAAGGAACUACGCCUGCAGCAGGAACAGUGAGUUAGUGUUUGGUGGGAAAGGAAACGCUUAUUGGUUUCCUGUUGGAUUGUUAGGGAGUGUCCGUCGAAUGGUGUAAUGUGUAAUCUCUCCCGCACGUAAAUUUUAACGAAGGCAGCAUUUUUUUUAUUUCUUUUUUGACGAGUUUCCGAUAAUGAGUGUAGCUGUUUGUGAACUCAUUUGGGAAAUGAUUCACCGCAGUGGUUUUGUGGAAGCAAAUGCUUCCUGAUUUUAGUAUGUUAAUUGUUUAUUUAUCUUUUUAAACUAAUCGUACACUGUAUAGGUGUACGGAUUUGAACGGGGAGUUGGACGAUUUAAAGCCUAAGUUUUCAAUGAAUAGAUUUUACUGUUUUGUAAGUUAUUUGUGGCUGCCCAAAGUAACAAGAUUCUCGUUAUGAGAUGAGGUUUUUAGAUUUCAAAUCAGCAAGCUCUUAUGCAAAGGCUUAUACGAUUUGCGUCAAUUGAGUUGAUGCACAUCGCUGUUUUUUUAACAGCGAUAUAAACGAAAAGACUAGACUUGGGUAGAAUGCAAUAAUAUAGAUCGAUGCUUCAAGCUGAUGCAACACAGGCAAAGGAAGAGGAUCGUUUGUAUCGUUUUUUUUUUUAAAUUGCGAUCGAAUCGAGCUGUCUGAGCUGUACUGAUUUAUUCAAACAAUUAUUUUAAACCCUUGAUUACGCUGGUUCGCUGCAAAACUACACUAUACGCGUACGGGACGAAAACGAUGUGCGAAGGCAGUUAAACUAUCUGUUCUGCAAAACAUUGCGCAACGUCGCAACGCAACCGGACCGAGCUACGCAUACGAUAAGCAUUUAGUUCUUGCAAUUUCUGCAUUGCGUUUUGAGUGUGCACACGCUGUAGGUUGUUAUUUAUUCGUAACAGUAACCGCUUACGUUUAGCAUUUUAAUGAAAACAUAAUUCGAUUUUUAACUAUUGUUUUAAACACUCCCUCCCCCCUUUUUAAUCUGUUUAUCUUAGUCUGUUCUGUUCAGCAGCAAUCAAUCGGAUGGAAGAUGCGAAAGGUCCUAAUGUAUCGUGAUUGUGUAUGAUAAAAACGCUGCUAAUAUAUAUUAACGCAUGCAUUGGUACGAA